AUUUGAAAGAGGACGCUCCCGAAUCGUCAUUGAUAAUUCAUUGCAUUAUACGUGGUUCUCUGGGAGAAGAAACUAAACGCCGCGAGGACAACUACAUUUGAGGAGUCGUUUCGCGUGGAGAUUCUCUUUAAAUCAGCAUUUCACAGUAUUCCUGUGACGUCCAAAAGGAGCGGAGGCAGAACUUCAUCCACAGCUCAGUCUCUCUCACACACACAGAUUAAAUGAGUAAUCCUGCUGAAGGCAUGGAUCCCACCCCAGCUGAGAUGAAUGCUAUUCCCAACGGGAAAGGACACGAAACCGCCGAGGAGACGGCUACCCCCAUAAAAGCACAAUCAGAAGACACGGCUCAGGAAAUUGUACCUAAUAGUACCCAAAAUGCCAGCCCUCACAGAACUGGAGAUGGAGAGGCAAAUCUGGCAGAAAGUCAAGAGUUCCUGUCAAACAUGGAUGACAAGAAAACCCCUCGAUUCACAGAUUUUGAGGGGAAGACCUCCUUCGGCAUGUCUGUCUUCAACCUUGGGAAUGCCAUUAUGGGCAGUGGAAUUUUGGGACUAGCAUACGCCAUGGCCAACACUGGAAUCAUCUUGUUCUUGUUCCUUCUCACUGCGGUGGCUGGCCUCUCUUCUUACUCCAUCCAUUUGCUGCUCAAAUCCUCAGGGGUCGUGGGGAUCAGAGCCUAUGAACAGCUGGGUUAUCGGGCUUUUGGCACCCCAGGCAAGAUGGCCGCCGGCAUUGCUAUCACUCUACAGAACAUUGGAGCCAUGUCCAGCUACCUGUAUAUAGUCAAAUACGAGUUUCCUUUGGUUAUUCAAGCCUUCCUCAAGGUGGAUAAUCCGUCUGGUGAGUGGUUUCUUAAUGGAAACUACCUGGUCAUUAUUGUGUCCGUCAGUGUCAUCUUGCCGUUAGCCCUGAUGAAACAGCUUGGUUACCUAGGUUACACGAGUGGCUUCUCUCUCAGCUGCAUGGUGUUUUUCCUCUUAGCGGUCAUCUAUAAGAAAUUCCAGGUGCCUUGUCCUUUUGUGGACUUUGCCCUCAACAGGACGGCUGUGCUGAACACCAGUGCCGUGGCUGACCCCGGAGGAGCUGACCACGUCCACGAAGAUGACCCCUCCUGCACACCACGCAUGUUCAACCUCAAUUCACAGACGGCCUAUACCAUUCCCAUCCUGGCGUUCGCCUUUGUGUGCCACCCCGAGGUCCUGCCCAUCUACACGGAGCUACGCAACCCCACCAAGAAAAAGAUGCAGCAUGUUGCCAACAUCUCCAUUGCAGUCAUGUACAUCAUGUACUUCCUGGCUGCUCUCUUUGGAUAUCUGACCUUUUAUGUGAAAGUGGAGGCCGAGCUCUUACACACGUACAGUCGGAUCGACCCUUACGACACCCUGAUCCUGUGUGUGCGUGUGGCCGUGCUAACUGCUGUCACACUCACCGUGCCCAUAGUGCUCUUCCCCGUGAGGAGAGCACUGCAGCAGAUGCUUUUCCCUAACAAGACUUUCUAUUGGCCGCGUCACAUUGGCAUUGCCGUCACGCUGCUCACUCUUAUCAACCUGCUGGUCAUCUUUGCUCCCAACAUCCUGGGCAUCUUUGGUGUCAUUGGCGCCACAUCGGCCCCCUGUCUCAUCUUUAUCUUCCCUGCUGUAUUUUACAUCCGUAUCAUACCCAAAGAGGACGAGCCCAUGCGCUCCCCACCCAAAAUUUUGGCUGCCUGUUUUGCAGGCCUUGGCUUCCUGUUUAUGAUAAUGAGCUUGAGCUUUAUCAUCAUUGAUUGGACGACAGGGAGCAGCAAGUCCAGCAGUGGUCAUUAAGCCCAUUCCAUCGCUGUUAUGUUGUACUUUUAAACUUAUACUUUAAUUCCUGAAAAAAAAAAAUCGAUGGUUUAAGAGGAUGCACAGUCUCUCAGUGGAAAGUUGCAGCAUGGCCAGUAUAUCUCAACUCUGAACGCCAGAUGUGAAGAAUGUCAGGUUCUCUCUUCGGCCGUUUUGCUUUGACAGGUGCACCGCAGAUGGCCUGUUUCAAAGGCAAUGUCAGUGGGUCUAAAGCUGGAGUUUUCUGCAGAGACGGACUGUGCUUUCUCUAUAAUCAUACUAUCAAGCCGCCUUGCGGGCGCGUCUCUCCCCUUGCCAUAACUUUUCAUACAGUACAGUUUUAUACGUCAGUUACUUUUUUUUCUUUGUCGGUAUUUGACCUGUAGUCUAAACCUGCGACGGUAAACCAGGCAGUUAUCUUCUUUGUAAUUCGCAGUUAUCCCGUGGUACUCUUGUCAGCUGUGACACAUUAUUACAGAGCAUUACAAUAUCUCGUGCAAUACCUUUAGGAAAAAAAAAAAAAAAGUUGCAGCACAACCUUUUGGAUGGAUGGAGUUGUUUCCGUGGCAACUCCACCUUCUGGUUCAUUGUAGUGCCCCGCCCUGCUGCUGGCCUGGUGCCGGCAUCCUCCCCUUCUUUUCAAACCCAAACACGGAAACAGAAGACGCAUAUGCAACUGUACAUACAGCGAGUCAAAGACGACACUAUUAGACAACUUUAAAUAUAUAUAUAUAUACGGAGCUAUAUAUUUU